GAAUUUAUUUGAUCAAUGUGUAGGAUCUCUUACGGCAAAGGUGCGCGCGAUUCAUCCACAUUAGCACAAUUGACGAACAAUAGCGGGCAGGCGCUCCCGCUCAGUCCCGCGCCGGCCGCCCGCAUGCCCACCGCGCGCAGCCUGCUCACGCGGCGCUGGUUCCGCUCGCGCCGCGCGCCGCGCCCCGACGACGCCGAUGACGGCCCUGCGCCGCCGCCCGCCAUGGACCGCCGGCCGCGCGUCGCGCGCGUGCUCAGCUCCCCCGCGCGGGCGCAGGCCGCUCCGCUCGACGAGGAGUCCCUCGAGCGGGCCUACCCCUCCAUGGGGCAGCUCGAGUAUGUGCUCGCCGGCUCGUCACCCCCCGCCGAGAGCGCCCCCAACAUGUACGACAGCUUCGAGGAGCCGCCGCUCGACCUAACUGCGCACAUCUGCUCCGACUCGCUACGUCAGAGCGCUUACGAACAGAUGCGAGCGGUCGGUGGCCGGCUCCGACUGCUCGACGAGCUGGAAUCCGGCGUCAUAACGACUGAGACCGCCGGCACUACGUUCGCGGCGACGUCCGAAGCCGAAAGGAAUGUCUGCCUUUUUUGGGCGUCCUUUCUGAAACUUGGACAAUUUUUACCGCCGUUGAUAGAGGCGGGCGCGGAUCCGCUGUACUUCGACGCGCUCGGCCUGUCCCCAUUACACGCGGCCGCGUUUAGCGGCUCCACGGAGUGCGCCAAUUAUUUGCUAUCAUGCGGAGCGGACCCCAAUUAUAUGCCGAGAUGUUUUGCGCCUCUCCACUGCGCUGCAUUCGGAAAUUCCGUUGAAGUGGCUAACAUACUCAUCAACCGCGGCGCUUCGGUUCACGCGGCCGUCAAAUACGUCAACUGCGAAGGUGGCCUACUACAUUGCGCCGUGCGAGCCAAUUCCGUUGAAUGUCUGAAGCUGUUUAUUUCGCACGGAGUCGACGUUAAUCAAAUAGAACCCGGCGGCACUAAUGCGAUUCACCUUGCCGCCGAUUUGGGGAUGAUUCAAUGUCUAGCGAUCCUUCUAGAAACACCCGGGGCGGAUCCUAACGUCAGAACGAGAGUAGGCGACAGAGAAUCGACGGCAUUGCAUCUGGCCGCCGACGGCGGGUUUGUGGAAUGUGUGGAUUUACUCCUCACUAAAGGUGCUGACUCUACCUUAAAAAAUCAUAGAGGAUUUACGGCUUUACAUCUAGCAGCACGUUCGGCGAGCUUGGAAUGUGUAGAAUCGCUGCUCCGGAAAGGAAAUGCAGAACCGAAUUCUAUGGAUUUUGAUAAAAGAACUCCCCUUCAUGCCGCAAUAGGAAAAUCAGACAGCGCUUGCGACAUCAUUGAGACCUUAAUAAGUUGGGGAGCGAAUGUCAAUCAAAAAGAUGAAUACGGGUUCACGGCGUUGCACUUAGCUGCACUCGACGGACUCUCUGCGUGCGUGGAGACUCUAAUUUAUCACGGCGCUGAUGUAACGACCCGAUCUAAAAAAGGAAACUCGGCUCUUAAUGUAAUCGCCCGAAAGACUCCCGCGUCCCUAGCAAUGAUAACUAGGAAACUGGACUGCGCCAUCACACUGCACCACUCGCAAUCGAGCAACCGAGAGGUCGAACUUGAACUUGACUUCCGCAGCAUUUUGCAACACUGCUAUCCACGGGAAAUAAGCUAUCUGAAUACAUUCGUAGACGAAGGACAGAAGGAAGUAUUGUUACAUCCUCUCUGCUCGGCGUUCCUGUAUAUAAAAUGGGAGAAAAUACGCAAAUAUUAUGUUGCACGGUUAUUUUUAAGCUUUAUUUUUGUUCUUUGUCUUACACUUUACGUACUAACUGCACUUGCACAUAAUUGUUAUAAUGGAAGCAAAGACAUGGAGGAGACGAUACAGGAACAAGAGCUCUGUCAAAAGCAAUCAAUACUUGGAGAUUUAUUGAGAAAGAACCCAUUCGUGAUAGAAAUGCAAUGGUGGGUGCUCGCUGGCAUAACGAUUUUUGAAAUAUUUAGGAAAGUUUAUGGGAUAGCCGGUUACUCGACGGUGAAACAGUACUUGAUGCAAUCGGAAAACAUAAUAGAGUGGUUUGUAAUUAUCAGCGUAUUCUUGAUAUCAUACAUCUAUACAAAUAUCACAUAUACAUGGCAAAAUCAUGUAGGAGCAUUCGCAGUUCUUGCGGGCUGGACAAACUUGAUGAUGAUGAUCGGCCAAUUGCCAGUCUUUGGAACCUACGUCGCAAUGUACCAAAAGGUACAAAAGGAAUUUGCGAAGCUGUUGAUGGCAUAUUCGUGUAUUCUAAUUGGAUUUACGAUUAGCUUCUGUGUGAUAUUUCCCGACUCAUCUUCUUUCGCAAAUCCAUUCAUGGGAUUCAUAACUGUGCUGACUAUGAUGAUCGGCGAAUUAAAUUUGGAUUUGCUCCUAAACGAGCCAGAUGGCAAUGACCCGCCGGUAUUGCUGGAGUUUUCUGCCCAAAUAACCUAUGUUCUGUUUCUUAUGUUUGUAACCGUUGUGCUCAUGAAUUUGCUGGUCGGUAUAGCCGUUCACGAUAUCCAAGGAUUGAGGAAAACGGCUGGUCUCUCUAAACUAGUUCGUCAAACUAAACUCAUUUCUUACAUGGAAUUGGCUUUAUUCAACGGGUAUUUGCCUAAAUGCCUGCUAAAAAUAUUGCACUCAUCGGCUUUAGUUUCACCGCAGGCUUAUAGAGUCGUGUUGAGUGUCAAACCGUUGAAUCCUAGCGAGAAACGCUUACCGAGAGAUAUAAUGAUGGCAGCUUAUGAUAUCGCCAAAAUGAGGAAACAGUACGGUCAUACGAUAUCUUCAAACGGUUCAACUACUGGAGCAUAUUCAUGUUUCAAAAAGUACGAAAACAACAAUGACUCUAGCUAUCGGGAGUAUGGUUACUCAUCGGGGAUUGGAAAUCUUCAAUCGAGAUUGGAUGAGACAUCGGAGAAUGUUCGGCAGUUGACACAGGAAGUGAAAGAGCUAAAGAAGCUAAUAAGUGCCCAACAGCUCGUAAUACAGCAAGCCCUGGCUGGAGCGAUGGAUAACCGUUGAUGAUAUAAUAGGCCAUUUAUUUUCAAUGCCAACGGUACAAGUCAACAAACUGUAGCGAGCGCUUGCCGUAUAUAGAACUCGCUUAAAAGAUCGUUACUGUCGCGAAUUUUAGACAAUAAUGUGAUAUUUUGGUAGUUUAAAAUGUCGGGAGUUAAAUUGUACUUUAGAUGGAGGACGAUGAGCUGUGAUCGUUUAAGAUAAUGUGAUUUUGUGAUAUACCUAAGUAAUUUAUCAUGAUAUUAAAUUUAUUUUUUAAUAUUGA